AUAACCAUCAGAGUAUGGUAUCAGGAAGCAGAUGAGAAUAGAAGAUUCAUCUGUUUCGAAAUUUCAACUCUGAAAUCAGAUUCAGAAAUGACACACUCAUCGGAAAAUAAGGAAGUAAAAAAGUACAAAAUACUAUGUGUGGUGCUGGUUGUCUGCUUAAUUGUUGUAUCUCUUGGACUUGGACUAGGUUUGGGUCUGAAACGUAAGUCAUCACCUGUGCAAGAGAAAGUGGAAACAUCCUGGUGGGACGAUGAGUGCGAAGAAAUCAAUACUCCUGUGUGUCCUGCAGGAUUUUCCCGUCCACCUUUGAUACUGGUUUCACUAGAUGGAUUUCGUGCAGAGUAUCUAGAGACGUGGGACAUGUUCAUCCCAGUUAUUGAGAAACUCAGAUCCUGUGGAACACACGCCACGUAUCUGAGACCUAUGUAUCCCACUAAAACGUUUCCCAAUCAUUACACAAUUGUCACGGGGCAGUAUGCAGAGACACAUGGCAUAGUUGACAACAACAUGUACGAUUACAAAUUAGACAUGUCCUUCUCCCUCUCUGGUACUGAAAAGAGCAAUCCAGUUUGGUGGGGGGGGCAGCCAUUGUGGCUGACAGCCAUGUAUCAGGGCCUGAAAGCAGGCACCUUCUUCUGGCCUGGAUCGGAUGUUAAAAUUAAUGGAACGUACCCAAACAAAUAUGUAAAUUACAAUUCAUCAAUUCCAUUUGAAGAUAGAGUGUUGACUAUUUUGAAAUGGUUAGGUUUACCUGAAUCUGAGCGGCCAGAUUUUUAUACCCUUUAUUUCCAAGAACCAGACCGUGCUGGACAUCAUUACGGACCUGUUAGUGGCGAGGUGGUUAAAGCUUUGCAGAGAGUUGAUCAGGCCAUAGGAAUGUUGAUGAAUGGGCUCAAACAGAGGAAUUUACAUAACUGCGUUAACCUCAUCAUCUUAGCUGAUCAUGGAAUGGAAAAAACUUCCUGUGACCGAGUUGAGUAUAUGACCAACUACUUUGACAGUGUGAAGGAUAUAUUUGUUUAUAGAGGCUCGGCUGCUCGCAUCCGAGCCAAAAAUGUUCCUGAGGACUAUUUGUCAUUUGAUCCAGAAGGAGUUGUUAAGAACAUUUCUUGCAAGAAUCCAAACCAGCAUUUUAUACCAUAUGUGGCCUAUGACCUGCCAAAGCGUUUCCACUAUGCCAACAACGGUAGGAUAGACAAGGAGGUCCUUCUGUACUUGGACAAACAAUGGCUGGCUGGGCGAGAUAAGGAUACAUUCAGGUUCUGCAAUGGUGGAACUCAUGGCUAUGAUAAUGAAUAUAAAAGCAUGCAUACUAUCUUCAUAGCUAAUGGACCUGGCUUCAAAUUCAAGACAGAGGUCAAUUCAUUCGACAAUAUUGAACUCUACAAUAUGAUGUGUGAUCUAUUGGAUAUCACACCUGCACCUAAUAAUGGAACUCAUGGCAGCUUAAAUCAUCUGCUGAAGAAACCGCGCAAGAAUCCUACUCAUCCUCCCGAGGCAUCUAGUUUAUCGCCCUGUCGCUUCGCCACACUGAAUCCAACUGACAAUCUAGGAUGUUCAUGUGAAAUUCAAACUCUUUCAGUUGAGGAAAUGAAUAACAGAAUCAACCUAACUGCUGAUCAAGUUAAAACAGCUGAAGCUAAAAACAUGCCUUAUGGAAGACCACGAGUUUUACAGCACAACAGCGAAUAUUGUCUCUUGACUCAAACAUUUUACACAACUGGAUAUAGCUCUGAUAUUUUAAUGCCUCUGUGGAGUGCAUAUACUGUUAACAAAUCGCCGGGAGUUCCACCUCUGCCUCCAGUCAUUCAGAACUGCCUACGGCCUGAUCCUCGAAUCGUUGCAAAUAAUAGCCAGCAGUGUUCAAAUCUUAACGCCACAUUGAACAUGACCUUUGACUUUCUUUAUCCUCCAAAUCUCAGAAACGACCCUGAGCAAUUUGAUGCAUUAAUUACCAGCAACCUUGUGCCUAUGUAUGAAGCUUUCAAAACGAUUUGGCAUUACUUUCACAUGGUUAUGCUGCCAGACAUGGCUGUGCUGAAAAAUGGAGUCAAUGUAUUGAGUGGACCAGUAUUUGACUAUAAUUACGAUGGACACUUUGAUACACCUAACCAAAUAAAAAAGUAUGUUAAUAAUACAAAGGUCCCCAUUCCUACGCAUUUUUAUGUAAUCCUUACCAGCUGUAAUAACACUGUUCAGACUCCCCUGACUUGUGAAGGCCCACUGGAUGUAAUGUCAUUCAUUCUACCACAUCGAGUGGAUAACAGUGAAAGUUGCCCGGAUGGCAAACCGGAAUCCCAGUGGGUUAAAGAACGAAUCUGGGCCCAUGCAGCCCGUGUACGGGAUGUGGAGUUGAUCACUGGGCUUGAUUUUUAUCAGGAUAGAAAGCAGCCAGUUCCAGAGAUUUUACAGCUCAAAACAUUUAUUUGGGACUGAGAUGUUUAUUUGGGACUGAGAUGUAAAAUGCCAGAUGUUUAAAAUGAAUUGACUAUUGUGGGAUACAGUUAUAAUGAUGAAUCUGAUCCUUUGUUCACGGUGGAUUUGGAAUAUCAAUAGGAAACAAACCGGACAAAAAGAAAUUGGCCUUCGUUUAGGGUUAUUUUUCCACUUGGCUGUUUGGUAAGCCUAGAUGUGUCAUCACAGGAGAGUUCAAGUUUUUUUUACCAAUGUCACUGAGUACAUAGUGGUUAGAAGGCAUGUCUGUCAGCUGAUGACUACCGGCUGAUCUCAUCUCCUCCCAGAUGCUCCUGGAAACAAACCAAGAUAAAUAAAUAAAUCACUGCAAUAAAAUAGAUAAAUAAAAUCAUAAUUUCUUCUUUGUGCAUUAUAUUAAUUAAAACCAUCACCACAACAGAUCAUGUUAGAU